GGGAGACAUUUGCGAACCCCUCGACUGAGAGGAGCCUUUUUAAGGACAAAAACCACAUUUUUCUUUUGUUUUUUGUUUUUAUUUGUCGAAUUAACACAUUUAAAAACAAAGAAAAGAAAAAAAAAACAAGGCCUGCAGGUUCACCACGGAAAUCGGCGUGAAGGAGUGGUAGGGCGAAGAGGAGGAGGAGGAGAAAUUCAGACGUUUGAAGUCGUUGUCCAUUUGAUUAGUAACCCCAAGAUGGAUCACUUAAGCAGUGGGACGCGAUACACCCCAGCGUCGGACAAAGACUGGGAUGAUAAUGAUUUCCACUUACAAGCAUCGGACACCAAAAGGCUUGAGAAGAAAAAGCACCCAGGGAAAGCUGGGGUUGUGAUUGGCGUGGUGAUCUUGGCCGCUCUUGUAGCUCUUAUGGCUGGAAUACUAGUCUGGCAUUUCCACUUCCGUAAACACCAGCGGGUCAACAGGAUGUACAGCGGGUCCAUGCGGAUCACCAACCAGGCAUUUAUCAACGACUAUGAGAACUCCAGCACUCCAGAGUUUAAGGCUUUAGCAAAGCAGGUGAUUUCACAGCUUAAAGUCGUCUAUUCCAAAAGUCCUCAAUUGUCAAAAUACUACCGCGAGUCUACAGUUCAGGCCUUCAGUGAGGGCAGCGUCAUUGCCUACUACCUGUCUGAGUUCAACAUCCCCGUGGGGCAAGAAAGAGCAGUCGACAACGAAAUGACUUCAGUAGAUAAGCUAGUGAAAAAAAUGCGCAUGUCUAUCAGUGAAUUGACUUUUGAAAAUGUGGUCACUUCAGGUACAGUGAAAGCAACUGCUUGUCAUUCUAUAUCAAACAUACGCUUUUGUUUGUUAUAUUGUCAGUUGUCACGUUGUAUCUGGUUGUUUUUGUUUUUCAAUAUGAUGUGCUUUUUAAAGGACCAAAUCUUCCUUGUGUAUCAGUCUGUUAGCAGUGUUAGUUAUUGUUUUCUCUUUGCUUUCUACAGGUUGUGUGGCAAAUAUUUGCCUAGUAAACGUUUGAGCUUUCUGUCCUCUGGCAAUGUAAUGUUGGUGACAAUGGCCACUCAUGACCAGUCCUUCCCAGGUUUUAGAGCACAAGUCUCACAAGUUCAAAAAGGAAAUAGAGCUAUAGCAUGUGGUGAGAAGCUGAUAGGUUCAAAAGGCAACUUUUCUUCUCCCAACUACCCAAAUUACUACCCUCCUAAUACUAAAUGUGAGUGGUUGAUUGAGGUCCCUACUGACAAGGUAGUGAAGCUCGUAUUCAAAAGGUUACUCUUGUCCCAGCUGGGAAAGAAAAACACAAACUGUGACAAAGACUAUGUGCAGGUCAACGGAAAGAGAUGGUGUGGAGAAAAACCUGAUGGGUCAGUGACAGAAACCAGCAGCACCAACAAAAUGACUGUGGAGUUUUAUUCUGAUGAGUCUCGUGUGGACCACGGCUUUCUCGCACAAUAUGAGGCCAUUGACAUUGAAAAUCCUUGUCCAGAUAGGUUCCAGUGCAGAAAUAACAACUGCAUUAAGCCGGCACUAAGAUGUGAUGGUUGGAAUGAUUGUGGAGACAUGAGUGAUGAGGUGGAAUGCAGCUGCAGUUCAACUGAUAUUAGUUGUAGAAAUGGAUUCUGUAAGCCCAAGUUCUGGAAAUGUGAUGGCGUCAAUGACUGUGGAGACAACACAGAUGAGAUGGAUUGUGGGUGUCAAUCUGGGCAAAUAACGUGUAAGAAUGGCAAAUGUGUUUCCGAGAAGCUGAAAUGUGAUGGAAAGGACGACUGUGGGGAUGGAACAGAUGAACAAGACUGUACAAAAGCCACAGGAGGUUUAACUGUAGGCUGCACAGAUUUUACAUACAAAUGUAAAGACAAUAAAUGCAUCAGUAAAGUGAAUCCAGAAUGCGACGGGACGCCGGACUGUGGUGAUGGAUCUGAUGAGGAGAACUGCGACUGUGGGACACGUGGGAGGACCCAACGUAUUGUAGGUGGUCAGAAUGCAGAACAAGGGGAGUUUCCUUGGCAGGUCAGCCUCCAUGCCAAAACUCUCGGUCACGUCUGUGGCGCAUCCCUCAUCAGUCCGAAAUGGCUGGUCACUGCUGCCCAUUGUGUGCAAGAUGAAGGCUCUUUAAAUUCAACUGAUAUUAGUUGUAGAAAUGGAUUCUGUAAGCCCAAGUUCUGGAAAUGUGAUGGCGUCAAUGACUGUGGAGACAACACAGAUGAGAUGGAUUGUGGGUGUCAAUCUGGGCAAAUAACGUGUAAGAAUGGCAAAUGUGUUUCCGAGAAGCUGAAAUGUGAUGGAAAGGACGACUGUGGGGAUGGAACAGAUGAACAAGACUGUACAAAAGCCACAGGAGGUUUAACUGUAGGCUGCACAGAUUUUACAUACAAAUGUAAAGACAAUAAAUGCAUCAGUAAAGUAAAUCCAGAAUGCGACGGGACGCCGGACUGUGGUGACGGAUCUGAUGAGGAGAACUGCGACUGUGGGACACGUGGGAGGACCCAACGUAUUGUAGGUGGUCAGAAUGCAGAACAAGGGGAGUUUCCUUGGCAGGUCAGCCUCCAUGCCAAAACUCUCGGUCACGUCUGUGGCGCAUCCCUCAUCAGUCCGAAAUGGCUGGUCACUGCUGCCCAUUGUGUGCAAGAUGAAGGCUCUUUAAAACUCUCCCAGCCUGGCUCUUGGGAAAUUUACCUUGGCGUUCAUACACAGAAAAUGUUAGGAAGUCCAGUUCAAAAGAGGAAUCUGAAGCAGGUCAUACCUCACCCUAACUACAACCAAUUCACCUUUGACACUGACAUCGCCCUGAUGGAGCUGGACAGUCCUGUCACCUACAGUGACUACAUAAAACCCAUCUGCUUGCCAGCUCCGCAACAUGAGUUUCCACCUGGCCAGGAUGUGUGGAUCACUGGGUGGGGUGCCACACGAGAAGGAGGAUCUGCUGCAAUAGUGCUCCAAAAGGCUUCAGUCAGAAUCAUAAACCAAGCUGUGUGCGACGAUUUGAUGGGGGGCCAGAUCACAUCUCGGAUGUUUUGUGCUGGUGUUCUUACUGGAGGAGUUGAUGCUUGUCAGGGAGAUUCUGGGGGUCCUUUGUCCAGUCCUUCCGGCAAUCGUAUGUUCCUGGCUGGAGUGGUCAGUUGGGGUGAUGGCUGUGCUCGCAGAAACAAACCAGGCAUCUAUACAACAGUUACCAAAUUCCGUGGCUGGAUCAAAGAAAAGACAGGAGUUUAGUUUGUAUUGUCAAAUAAGGCCAAAGGCAUGGACAUAAAUGAGGACUGAGGAGGAGUGCCACAGUUUAAAAAAAAAAAAAACCCAAAACACUCUGAUUAUCCAUGAAGUGGCUUUUACUCUCAAUUGUAGCUGCAGUGAGGAACAUGCUUUAAGAGCAGUUACAACACAAUUUAGAUGCACUGUGAUUUGGGGCUUUAUGAAAUAUUUUUGAAUGUAAAUAAAUGUUUUAUUUUUGUGUUUUUUAUCAUGUUUUAAUGGAGAAUAAUGUUAUUUCCUGCACAGUAGAUUCCAGUGUGAUUGUUACCUAUUUCAUACAUGUAACUCUAUAUCUUAAGAAAUUCCCAACACUGUUUGGAUUUUUUUUUGUUUUGUUUUUUUGUAUAUUUUUCCUCCCUGACUUCUGAAUUAAAAGCUCUAAGGCAGCAAGCUCAUUGCAGCUUACCUCCUAUGGAUCAGUUCACAAGUUCAGCUGAAAUCUCUGAAAAACCCCCCAACUUAUUUCCCUUCUCUAAACACAAAAUGGUCAAACACAGGUUUAGUUUAAAUUUUCUCUUCUGCUGUAACAUGUGACCACGCUUCAAUUCACCACAAUAUAAGUACUAGGUGCAAAGUUAAAUUGUUUCCAAAUAUUUGUAAAUGUGUAUUUUAUUGCAGAUAUUUUUAAAUAAAAAUAUUUCUUUUCUCCUGCACAGUCAUUCACAUACUCUUUGUUUCAGGAUGCUUAUGUAUUGCAUCGAGCUUGACCCUCAACAUACCUGCCCGAUUUUUUUUUUUUCUUCUUUUUCUUUUCUUUUUUUUCUCCUCUUGCACAGUUGGUAUGGAGCACCCAUACUUUUAUUGUACAUGUACAAUGACAAUAAAGCUCUAUCCCAUUCUAAUCUUUAA